AGGGUUUUCAUUACGACGAUAUGUGACUCAGGUACUUAGAUGCGCACUAAUUUACAUUGAUUAAUUCACCUGGGGAAAACCUGAGUGAAACCAGAUGUAUUAAGUGACGUCAAAGUAUGUUUACUGAGCCCCGCUUCGCGUGUGUAUUAUGAUCGCAUUAUUAUCAUUAAUUAUGAAAUAUGAUACAUUUGGAUUUCAUUAUUGAAUUCGAUUGAACAAGAAAAGGCUGCCUACUAAAAUGAAUUUACAGUUAUUUUGGUACAUCAGUUUGGUUUGGAUUUUAGUAAAUUCAGAUGAAAUCACUCGACCGAAUAUCGUUUUUAUAGUGGCAGAUGAUUUGGGAUGGGACGACGUCAGUUUCCACGGGUCAGAUCAGAUUAUGACCCCCAACAUCGACACCCUUGCAUACUCCGGAGUCAUACUUGAUCAGUACUAUACGGACACUCUGGGUACCCCAUCUAGAAGUGCCCUCUUCACCGGCAAAUAUCCUCUGCGACUGGGAAUGCAGAGUAUUUCGAUAAAGGCGAGUGAGGAUCGAGGCAUCCCGACACCCGAGCGCCUAUUGCCAGCCUAUUUACAGGAAUUGGGCUACCAAACGAAUUUAAUAGGUAAAUGGCACGUCGGCAAAUCCAGGGAACAUUAUCUACCUACUUACAGAGGAUUUGAUACUUUCUACGGCUUCCUCGGCGGGUCCGUGGAUUACCUCACUUAUAAUCUGAUAGAGACUUUCAAUCACACUUCAUUUUAUGGUUUGGAUUUCUUCGACGGUCUGAAGCCUGUAGAAGAUCUGAAUGGGUACCUCACCGAUAUACUGACAGAUAAAGCGGUCGAAGUGAUACGAGAUCACAACACGAGCUCUCCGCUGUACCUGCACGUGUCACAUGCGGCUGCGCACGUUGGGGGUGCCCUGGUCAACCUGCAAGCGCCUCUCGACACCGUCGCCGCAAACGAUCACAUCGCACACUCUGCUCGGAGGCUAUACGCAGGCAUGGUUUCUACUUUAGACAAAAGCGUGGGGCACAUUGUUGCAGCGUUGGCCGAAAGGGAAAUUCUAAAGAACACGAUAAUCGUUUUCGUAUCCGAUAAUGGUGCGCCCACGACAGGUCUAUCCCAAAAUUACGGAUCUAAUUUUCCAUUGAGAGGAGCGAAGAAUACUCCGUGGGAAGGCGGUGCUCGCUCGCCGGCAGUAUUGUGGAGCCCGUCAUUAAACUCUGGAAUUUGGCACGGACUAUUUCACGUCACUGACUGGCUCCCCACAUUAGUCGCCGCCGCAGGUGGGAAUGUGAACGAAACGAUUGAUGGCGUUAACCAAUGGGAGGCUAUAACUAAAGGAGAGCAGCCAAAACGGAACGAUAUUUUAAUUACCAUCGACGACAUCGGGGGGUGGGCUGCUUUAAGAGAAGGCGAUUUCAAACUCAUUGUAGGAGAUUUGAAGGAUGAUUCGGGUGAUUACCACGGCGCAGAGCUAAGAGCUUUGAGACACGAAGUACCGAUUUAUGAACACGUCUUAUUAGAAUCGGAAACAUUCCGAGUUAUCAAAGAGACAUUAAAAAUGGAUUUCAAUAUGGAGGAUGCAUUUGCAAAGCGAAACCGCAGCAACCUUCUCACAAAGACUAUACCCUUGCAGGAUGCGGUAGCUUGCGUCCCCACUAAAGCAAAGGGAUGCCUUUUUAAUAUUACGGACGACCCGUUAGAAGCCCAUGACCUUUGGAAAUCAUCACCAGAAAUUGUGAAAAGAAUGGCUCUAAGGUUGCGAUCAAUGUGGGCCGGGUUGAAGCCAAGAUGGUCGCCACAGUAUGAUGCGAGAGCCAAUCCGGCUCUCCAUGACUACAUUUGGAGACCAUGGGUCGACAAUGAUGACGUCUUCGUAGAACCUCCAACUGUGAUACCGCCAUUUCCACUGCAAGUCACCAUAGGCGAGCUGGAAUACUUGGUGGAUUUAAACUUGAAUUCUUUUAGACAGAAAAUGUUUGACUCUAUCAAGAACAUGGGCAGAUCUUUCGUAAGAAGCAUUGGAGGGUUAUUUACAUAGGUGUUUCUUGUUUAAUUUUGA